AUGAGAUGUGGUCGUACUACUGGGAGCGGUUAGAUUGUGUAGGACCAUGAUCAUAAAACGGCAAUAUUUCUCGGUCCACAUAAAGGGAAAUUUGGCGUGUCCUUUGCUUGUUUAUGGAGCGUGCUUUCAUUGCGUGUUUUGCUCUUAUAAUCCCAGAUUAACUCUAAAACAAGAUGAUGCUCCUCUUUUAUACAACAGAAAUUAUAGUCAUACAGUCUUAUUCCAUGAGGAAGGAUCAAAGAGUCUGAUUGUAGGAGGAAUAAAUCAUAUUUUACAUUUUGAUGUAGACAGUCUUCGGAUUGUGGAGAACUUUACUCUGAAUCCAAAAUGUCAUGAGGGCUCCUGUGAAAAUGUAGUGACAGUAAUUGAAAGAUUUGAAGACUACACAUUUGUAUGUGGGACGAAUGGAGAACAGCCACGGUGUUGGAAACGGUUUUCCAGAGAAAGCAAUCAUUCCACUGAGGUUGUAGACGGUACGGGAAUCUCCCCUUAUACAAGUUCACAAAACUCCUUGUCGCUGGUGGCAGAUGGAGAUCUCUACGUAGCAGCUCCUCUAUACAGUGAUGGAACCCUGCUGCAGUUUCGCAGAAAAGCUGGAAAACGAACCAGCGUGUGGAUGUAUGAUCAAUGGGUUUCAGAACCCACUUUUAUUUCCAGUUUUCUGGCCCAGCGCAUGAAUGACCCCUUGAAUGAGAAGAUAUACAUCUUAUUCCGUGAGAAAAACUCAGACACGAGUCCAGAAGCUGAUCCUUGGAUAUCUAGAGUGGCCAGAGUGUGUAAGGUCGACGAGGGCGGUCCCAAGCAGUUGCUCCAGAACAUUUGGACCUCCUUUCUGAAGGCACGACUUGUGUGCGGGAUUCCUAGAGAGUCGCUGUACUUCAAUCGCCUACAGGAUGUUUUCAUCCAGCAUGCUGAUGACUGGAGGGAUUCACGAGUGUAUGCGCUUUUCUCCAGCAGCUGGAACUCUACUGCUGUGUGCAUUUACUCAUUGGCAGAGCUUGAUGAUGUUUUUGAGCAUUCCGCCUACAAAAGUUAUUCUAAGGCCAUUCCCACCCCAAGACCAGGAACUUGUGUCAAACAAAGCAAUUCCAUUCCAACUUCUACCCUUCAAAUCAUUAAAGACCAUCCAGAGAUGAAGGACUGGAUUCAACCCAUUCAAAAAGAAACGCCUUUCUUCACAAGUAAUAAGAACUUCACCAAAAUAGCCGUUGACCAAGUCCAAGCUUCGGAUGACGGCAUGCACAAUGUGCUUCUGCUUGCAACAGACAAUGGAGUGAUCCUUAAGAUCCUGGAGGAUGGCUCCAAAGCAUUCAUCAUCUCUGAAACGCAUCUGUGCAAUGGUUCAGCACCCGUACAUUCGAUGAAACUCGACUCUGAGAAGAGGAAGCUGUUUGUAGGAUAUCCUGGUCAGAUUUCCGCGUUAGACCUGCAGAGAUGUAAAGACUACAAUGCUUCCUGUGAGGAAUGUGUCCUUUCCCGUGAUCCAUACUGCGCUUGGACUGAACAGGGCUGCACAUCACAAACUAGAGGAGGAAUACAAAACAUUGCUGUUGGACUCACUGAAGUAUGUCACCAAAAACCAGGGGGAAGAUUCACAAGAGAAGUGAAACAAUCCUUGGCAGCUCCAUUAAGGAUUCAACACUCUGUAAACAUUGGCAUUCCCUUCUACCUUUCUUGUCCUGUCGAUUCCAAUCAUGCCACUUACAAAUGGGAGCAUAAUCAACAGAGCAUCCCAUGCCAGCAGACCCAAUCAGAAUGUCUCCUCCUCAUCCCAGCCAUGACGAAUGGCAUGUAUGGCGAUUACAAAUGUACAUCCCACGAACUCGAUUACACCAAAAUUGUGAGAGACUACAACCUCUUCAAUGAAAACUUAAAGUCUGCUUCUAAUGGUGCUUUCAAGCUGAGAGCCCAGGACUGGUUAAUGGCCUCAUUUGUCACUAGUGCCUUCUAUCUGCGCUCACUUUAAGGUCAAGGUAGUUAUAUAAAAGUCAGUGCUUCUGUCUUCAAGCUUUUCUGAUGACCUGUAAGCUGAUUAAAACCAUCAGUCACAUGUUGCCAGGCACCAGUGGUUGGUCUUAUCAAGUGAAGUUUAUAGGCAACACUGAAGUAAAAGAAAGCAUCCUUCCUAGCAGACAACUUGCAAUUAUAUGCUUGCCGUCUGUUGAGUGGCUGUAGAAAGUAUACCGUGCAGUCCAAAGUCUGAGACCACAAUCAAAUUUGGACUUUCGUCUUUAGAAACUGGAAAUACUCUUGACAGUUUUAGGAUUUAGGAUUGUUUUAACAAACAAAAGCUUGUGAAGUAAAAUGAAGACGAAAUAUGCCAGAUGUUGCACUAUUUCUAGGUCACAAGAUGCUUUUUAAAACAUUCACCAAUAUAGUUACAUAAUAUAAUACACCAGUAGAUGACAACAAGUGACAGUUUUCAUGAGUCAUUCAACCAAUUUGUUAAAAAAUGCAAAUUCUUUCAGAAACAGGACAAUGACUGUCUUUGUGAGUCAUUGAAUUAUUCACUCAACUGAUUCAUUCAAAAAUGCUGAUUCAAAAUAUUCAAAAACGUUCUUUGUUGAGGAAUGAAAUGUCAAUACUCUUUGUUGCUCAGGGACACGCUACAAUUUCGUAUUCUGAACUUUGUUUCAAACUUUGUUUUCAUUUGUGGAGCAAAAAUGCUUAAACUUGUUUAUCGGAUUGUUGUAUAAAAUCGAUUACACCAGGGGUGUCAAACUCAGUUCCUGGAGGGCCGCAGUCCUGCAGAGUUUAGUUCCAACCCUGCUCCAAAACACAAACCAUGUAGUUUUCAAUUGAGCCUGAAGGACUUGAUUAGCUGGAUCAGGUGUGUUUAGUUAGGGUUGGAGCUAAACUCUGCAGGGCUGUGGUCCUCCAGGAAUUGAGUUUGACACCCCUGAAUUACACACCUGCAGACGUGCUCUUUAAAUUGCUUACACUCACACCUUAAAAACACGUCCGAUUUGUGCACUAAAUGGCUUAAUGUAAUUUAAUUGGUUCGGGAAUGCAUUCAAGGACUGCUUGAUUAGCUUGUCUGCACAGUCCCAUAUAGUAUGUGAUGUAAUUAGGGGCACACUAAACAUACUAAUCUAGAUGUAUAAAUAGGCACAGUGGUCAUGUUUUUACAGUAAUUGAUGCACGUUUGUUUACUGGAAAAAUGCGACUUCCUCACAUUAGUGUAGCCUGAUUUGAGAAAUUGUGUCUGUUUAUUUCUGGCACUCAUGUUUGCACUUGCUUACUUUCGUAAUUCUUUUCUGCUAUUUGUAUUGUUUUAAGCACUUUCCCCCCAAACUGCAUAGUGCUAGUUGUCCAAGAAUUAGCUUUUAUAAUGAGAAACAGAAAGAGAAAAUAUUUGGGCGUUAUCAUAUCCAUACAGUUGUUCAGGAAGUCUGAGAAAUUUUGGGUGGUAAUAAGGCUUGGGUGUGGUGGGCAAAAACAAGGUUACUAUUGGACUUUAUUGCUUUUGGCAGUUGCAUAUUAUUUAUAGAAAAUAGGCUCUGUGUUAAAAGUUGAAGCAUUUUCUGUUGUGACUCCAAAAUAAAUAUGCAAUGGAUCUUUUACAGUUAAAAUAUGUAGCAAAAAUAUUUCCUGGAAGGAUUCUCUUAAUGUUCCACCUUAUUUUUAACUCAUUAUUUUGCAACUAUAAAUUGAGUAAGUUUGAAAGCUGUUGUGUUUGUAGGGAAUGAAAAAAAAGAAGCGCAUUAGACAACUGAAUGUUAUGAAAGUGAAGGGAAUUUUUUGUAUAUUCUUGACAUGUUCACUCAAAUGUGUUUCCACAUAUUUAAUAUUACCAUUGAUAGCAUGACAGUAUUGCUUACAGUGGUCUCUUUAUUUUUUAUUUAAUGCUAUAACACAUUAAUUAUUGAGAUGGAGAGGGACAUGGCAAAUGAGUCACAGCUGUGAACCGGCUGCUUUGAUUCUAGUGUAGUCUGGUUCGCGUCAAUGUAAAAUUGAAUUCUUUAUCAUAUUAUACAAGGGACACUUUCUCAUUGAUAUUUUUGUGCACUCUCUGAAUCAUGUUCACCUACAGCUAAAUGGUCCGUACCCUAAAUACCUCCCAGAAUGUGACUUUUAAGCCUUCAGAUAUGAAAUGAUCUGUUAGGUUGUACUAUAUUUAUUUUUGUUCAUUACUUAUGUAUUUCCUUUAAAUAAGUAAAAAUAAAUACAAUUAUAUUUUAUAGCACUUGAAAUCUCUGUUUUUCCUAUGCACAAACACAGCUAAGCGUACUUAGGAAAACACCUAACUUUAAUGGUUCUCUGGUAACACUGGAACAAUACAAACAGUGAUAGAUUCGCUAAAACAAACCCUUCAUUUAUGAAUUUUACCAAUAAAAACAGAACACGGUUCAUACACAGGCAGACACAGGAAUCCAGAAAGGGGAGUAUUUUCAUUAUCUCAAGCCAGAUCUAAACAUCUGGUCUCGCUGGUCUCGCUGCUUUCGGGGCACCUUUGACAUCUGGAGCAAGACUGAGCCAGUCUUUUAACUCCUGCAAUCCUCCUGUUGUCCAUUAGCUGAAAAUGUGAAUCAGUUCACAAAUAUUUUUUAAGAGAAAAACUGCCAUAAUGUUAUAAUAAUUAAAAAAUAUUAUGAUUAUUAAAACAAUAAUAUACAUUAAUAUUACUAAAUAUUACUAAAUGACAAGCAUCUACAUAAAAUUAGCCAUCUGAUUCGACCAAUGGCGUGUAUUGUGGCUAUGAACGCAUUAGUAAAAAUGUUUUGGGGAAAAAAAUGUUUAUGAUUACUGGUUAUUAAGACACUUCUCUUAAAAUAUUACUCAUUAGUGAUAUUUGUAUGGUUUAAUUAAAUUUACACCCAAAUCUUUGCAUUUGCAUGACUCAUUGUGCCUUGUGUUUACAUGCUGCUUCGAGUUUCCACAGAAAACAAAACACUCUUGUGGUUGUUUUUAAAUCACAAAAAUGUCCUUACAUGUCACAUGUAGUGACUUAUUGUCAAGACUCUAACAUGAACACAUGAAUACUGUAAAAAAAAAAAAACAUGUACAUUAACGUUUUUCCACAGAUAAAAUGAGACACUAUAAAAAUAUAUUACCAUUGUUUGUGGCCGUGACUCAUUUCAUGUGACUUGAAAAGGGGGUUUUCAUAUGACAUUUUUAUUUAAUAUGUCUAGACAGUGGUGCACUAUAUUAGUUUUUGGUGUCAGCUAUAUUGUGUAAUUAAGUUCAAGCAUUUUGUUCCAGAUAUUAUUCAUUACCACAGUGUUUUGGUAUUUUAUACCUCUUUAGGAUUUAACUUCU